AUGUCUGCCCAACCUCGGCCGCCGCCCACCACGGCCCUAUUCCCUCCCAUCGAGGUGGGCUCGUUUGUCUCGCGCCGCCGCGACAAGUCCGAGUUCAUCGGCAGCGCGAGCGGCGUCUUCUUCCUCAACACGGUGUUUCGGGCGUUUGCCGCCUCGUCCACGCGGGAUCCGGGCUCGUUCCACAGCCUGCACGCGCCGCACGACGAGCAGCCGGCGGCGGCCGACGGCGAUGUGCUCCUCCAGUUGAUCAGCUCGCCCACCAGCAUCCCAUCGGACGCCUCGCUCGGUCCGUCGUAUGAGGUGCAGAUCCCGGGACUCGGCGCGCCGCCGACGCCGGCCGUGGCCAAGAAGCUGCUCAUGAUGUAUUUUCGCAAGUGGCAUCCCAUCUUUCCCUUUUUGCAUGGUCCGACGUUCUUUGAGCAGGUCAAUCGAUUCUACUCUGCCCAACCACCCGGCAACCCGAGUCGAGGCUCUGAAACGUUGAGAGAGAAGCUCUGCCGCGCCGUCUGCUUCCAAUGCGUGUGGAACAUUGCAGCCACCGAUGAUGACGAGCAGCUUUUGGAGCCUCGCUGCUGCAUCACCUCGCCUGCUGUCCUGACCAGCCUGCUCGGCAUCAUCGCCGGCGAGCAGGACAUGUACACGCUUCAGGUCCUCCUGGCGAUGGAGCUGUACCUCGUCGUCCGCAUGUCGUCGCGGGCUGCGUCCACGGUCCACGGCGCGCUGACCCGGAUCCUCUACCAAGCCGGCCUGCACCGAUGUCCGUUCCGGUACUUGCAGCUGCCCAAGGACGUGCUUGUAAUUCGGCAGAGAAUAUGGUGGUGCUCGUAUGUACUGGAUCGCCAUCUCAGCCUCUCGCUAGGGCACCCCGUGGCUGUGAGCGACGAAGAGGUCGAUGUCUGCAUACCGGGCAUGCCAGAACUUCAUAAUCCAGUCGGGCAUGACCGCCAGGCUUCGACCACUACUGAUGGCGACGAGGUUCGUGCGCAUCUUCCCAGCAACCAUGCAUCAUUCCUGCGCGAAAGCGGCACCGCAAGCGCAACCCCUACACCCAAUUCCCAAAACUUUGGUGCGCACAGCCCGUCGCAUCUUCACAAAACCCGUCCUGAAGAAGCCCCUACCCUUGUUCUCGGAUAUGUAGUCACGUACUCGCAGUUGCUGGGCGCAGCUCUCCGGCUGUUUCAUUCAUCAAUACAUAGCAGAUCAAUCAUGUUGGACAAGGUUCUCGACAUGACGGCACGAAUCCACGCAUGGUGGAACAGCUUGCCGUCUUCCUUGCAAGAUGAGGAUACGACUGGGUCACAGUCACCCUACGGUGCCUUCUUUGCCGUCCUGUACCACCACCUUGUCCUCUUCGUGAACCGGCCCUUCCUCUCACUACCCACAGACCGAGAAGAUUUCCGGUCUUCCUUGCAGGUAGCAUUGAAUGCAAGCCGCUCCAUUAUUCGACAGCUCCGCACAAGUUCAAAAGGCUCGCUAGUCUUGGCUUGGCCGGGCGCUCUCUCUGCCAUUUGGAUGGCUGGUCUUGUAGUGGCUUAUGCAAGUCUGCUCAAGAUAUAUCCACUUCCAAAGGGCAUCUUGGACAUUCAGCACAGCAUAUCUGUCCUUGACAGUAUGGGUAGUACAUGGCCUAGUGCAAGUCACUGCCGCGACACUCUAAAGUUGAUGCUCGACCAACUGUCUUCCGAGCCUUGCCACUUGCCAAAGCGUGCACACCAAACACCACAGAAUAUAAUCGGCGAAGAUUCUCCCAACGAUGGUGCAAAUUCCGAGGCCCCUUUCGAUACAUCAGAAGCCCCAAGCAAACGCCGAAAGCAAGACAGCCACGACGCAACGCACACGCCCCUCUAUCCAAGCGCAGAACCUGCCUUGCACCCUACACUGGAGUCAUCCUACAUGUGGCAGCCAGUGCUGGAGUAUACCGGGCCUGAUUUCGGGUUUGACGCGAACCCGUUUUGUCGCCAGGAUGCGUGGCAAGAGUUUCUGGUACAGGGGCUCAACCCCGGGUUGUCGGGGCUUCUGUACGACAAUACCGGCUGGGACUCGUACGUCAAGACCUUUGGAGAUCGUUUGGGCUAG